UGUGCCAUCUUCAAAGGUAUUGUGGUGGGGACUCCAAAGCCCACUGUGACCUGGACUAGAGCAAACGGAGAAAUUGUGUUUCACCCGGAUACCUGUAGGCAAAAUUACAACGAAUCAUCACAUGAGCAUACUCUUGAGUUUCCCAAGGUCGCCCCAGAGGAUGCAGACACAUAUAAGUGUUAUGCAACAAAUGAUUACGGACGUGCUGUUUGCACUGCCCUCCUGAAUGUUAUUGAGGUUGGAUUCUCUAAAACCAAGGAACUCCAGAAGACAUAUGGGGAUGAUAUUCCAGACUUUUUAAAAAGGAAACUUAAAAAACGUCCUACUGAGGAAGCAAAGGAAGAAAAGGCAAUGACACCAGAGGAAAAAGUCUGGGAAAUCCUCCUGGGUGCAGAUAAAAAAGACUACGAGCGUAUUUGCGCAGAAUAUGGCAUCACCAACUUCCGCGGCAUGCUGAAGAAACUCAAUGACAUGAAGAAGGAGCAAGAGGAAGAUGUUGUAGCGUUUGUUCCACAUAUGAAUACUCUGAAACACAUUGACUCAGAAGACGACAUAUCAGCACUGGACUUUGAAGUGGAACUCAAGGAUAAUAAAGUAUUUCUUUAUAAGGACGGCUCCAUGGUCCCGUUCACGACAGAAGAAUGUGACGAAAUGAAGCAUUCUCUGAAGCAAGUUGCCAAAAAACAUACUUUCACCAUGAAUAAUCAAGACAUUGACAUGGAGGGUGCCAGUGUGUUCGCCGCGGACUUUAAAGUACCCGACGUUGACUUUGCUCUUAAAAUCCAAGAGGUGAAGGCAGAAGAGCGAGAGGAUGCUCUCUUUAUUUGUGUCCUGACUGCCCCUCUGCAUGAGAUCAAGUGGUUUGGUAAAAACGCUCUGCUGUCCAACGGUGAAAAGUUUGAAAUCCUUGUUUCUGAAGACAAGCUCAUACACAAGUUGAUCGUUCGUGAUUGUUUGCCUUUGGAUGCUGGCAUUUACGCCGCCGUGGCAGGAAUCAAGUCAUGUAACGCCUGGCUUGUGGUUGAAGCGGAUAAGGAUGGUAGCAGUAAAGGGAAGAAGUCAGCUCGUAAAACUACCAUGGCCGGAGUUGGGAAUGAUGAAGAUCUAGUGCGUAUAGCCAAAGAGCAGCAGGAAAGGUAUCAAAAAGAAAUGGAGGAGAAGAUGGAGAUAGCCAAGAAGAACCAAGCAGAGCGGGAUGCUGCAGAUGAAGCUGCCCGGCUGGAAGCAAAAGCGGCUAGAAAGGCGGAUGCCGAGGCCAAGGCCGCUGCCAAAGCUGCUGCCAAGGCAAAGAAGGCAGAAUCCAGCAAGGAUGAAUCUGCGAGGAGAGCUUCUGUUGCUGGUGGUGAAGGAGCGGCAGAAGAACUGAGCGAAGACAAUGAAGAAGUUGGGGAAAAUUCCUUAUUUAUGGAGUCAGUUGCGGUAGAGGAAAUAAAAGGUGGAGAAGAUGGAAAGAAAAAAUAUGCAGUUGAAGGAAAAGGUCAUGGUGAGGAAACUGCAAAGCAAAAAAGUGGCAAAAAGUCUGGGAAAAAAGAAAAACAUCCCAAAGUGAAAUUUGCAGACGGCGAAGAUGCUACUGUUGCACCAAUAGGAAAUGAUGGUGGUGAGGAAACAACCACUCAAAAAAAUGGCAAAAAGUCUGUGAGAAAAGAAAACACAAACAGCCCCAAAGCGAAAAGUGCAGAUGGUGAAGACGCUGCUGUUGGAAAUGAUCACAGUGAGGAAAUGGAAAAGCAAAAAAGUGAGAAAAAGUCUGGGAAAAAAGGAAAACAUUCUAAAGACAGUGAAGAUGCUGAUGUUGGAAAUGAUCAAGGUGAGGAAACCACAAAGCGAAAAAGUGAAAAAUCUGGGCAAAGCAAAAACGGUUCCAAUGAGGAAACUGUGAACAGAAAAGAUGGUGAUGAUGAAGAUGAUGUUGAAAUUUCUGACAACGAAUACGAUGAUGACGUUGCAGGAAGUGAUGAAAGUGACGAGGAGUUGGAAGAGCAGCCAGCAGUUGGCAAACGCGUCCGAGUACGGCAAGGCCCAUUGAUCGAGGAGACAGUUAUUGACCCAGGUGUUCACUUCCAUAUCGGGCUUUCCGACUGCAAAGCCAUCAUUGGGGAAGAAGCCGAGCUGAUGUGUAAACUCAGCAGCGACGACUGUGAGGGAAUCUGGUACAAAGAUGGUGACGAGGUCAAGUCUUCCGAGUGUAUUACUGUUUGCAAAGAAGGAAGUUUCCAUAAGCUGAAAAUACACAAAGUUACUGAUGAUGAUGCUGGGAAGUACAAGUUUGAAGCCGAUGGACGGAAGACUGAGGCCUUGAUUGUAGUGGAAGAUCCACCAAGGUUUGACCCCGAGGAACUUAAAACCUUUAUCGUACCGGUAACCGUGAAGAAGGGACACAAAGCCACCUUCAAAUUACCCUACUUGGGAAGGGAGCCUAUCAAAGUUCAGUGGUACCUGGAGGGGGAAGAGCUUUCAGAUGAAGCGAACAUCAAGAUUGAGACAUCGGAUGGUUGCACCCGCCUCCUGCUCAUCAAGCUUCAGCGCAAAGACAGUGGCGAAGUCAAGUUAAAGCUAAAAAAUGAGUUUGGGACUGUGGAGGCCUUCAGUGAACUUGUUGUUAUGGAUAAACCAACUCCUCCAAUGGGACCCCUGGAGAUUGUCGAAGCCUCCUCUUCUGCCAUUGAGUUCAAGUGGAGACCCCCAAAAGAUAGUGGCGGCUGCAAGAUCGGCAACUACAUCCUGGAGAGGCAGCAAGUGGGCCGCAAUACCUGGAAGAAGGUUGGGCCCAUCGGGCCAGAAGCCAAAUACAGGGACCUUGAUGUAGACCACGGUCGUAGAUACUGUUAUCGCAUCAGGGUGGAAACUGAAAUGGGCACCAGUGAGCUGAUGGAAACAGAGGAUAUUCAAGCUGGGACAAAAGCAUACCCCGGACCCCCAUCAGCACCAAAGGUUGUCAGCGCCUUCAAGGACUGCAUCAAUCUGUCCUGGUCCCCUCCUGCUAACACCGGAGGAACCAAUAUCCUCGGAUACAACCUUGAGAAACGCAAGAAGGGCAGCAAUCUGUGGGGUCAGGUCAACUCGCCAGAGGAGAUGAUCAGAGCUAAAGGAUUUGCUGUAAAAGAUGUAGUAGAGGGAAUGGAAUACGAAUUCCGUGUAUCAGCUAUCAAUAACUCAGGAGCGGGUGAAUUCAGUACACCUUCUGAGUUUGUGUUUGCCAGAGACCCGAAAAAGCCUCCUGGAAAGGUCCUCGAUUUUAAAGUGACCGAUUCCACCUACACAACUCUGUCACUGUCUUGGAACAAGCCCAAGGACAUUGAAGGAGUCGAAGAUGAAGCCAAGGGAUACUUUGUGGAGAUCCGUCCCGCUGAGAACACGGACUGGAAUCGCUGCAAUUCUACCGUAUUAACCACAAAUUUCUACACAGUCAAAGGCAUGAAGUCAAUGGCCAUGUACUGGGUGAGAGUCAUUGCUAUGAACGAUGGCGGGGAGGGAGAACCGCAGGAACUGGACAACUAUGUCCUCGCUAUGCCUCCUCCUGUGAGACCACGCUUCACGGAUGCCAAAAUCAAAAGCUUCAUGGUGGUGAGAGCAGGAAAUUCAGCACGAUUCACUAUGAACUUUGAGGCCUCUCCUUGGCCGGAGGUCACGUGGCUGAAAGAUGGUGUGCCAGUCACUAAAAAAGUGACAAUAAGUAAUGCAGAAGGAACAUCACAGCUUCUGAUUCCUUCUGCUGAACGCUCUGACUCCGGGAUCUACACUAUAGUUGUCAAGAACAUUGUUGGCCAAGAAACGUUCAGUAUUGAAAUAAGAGUGACAGAUGAGCCAAAACCACCAGGUCCUGUGGAGAUUGAAGAAAACGUGUCGGGCACAGUGACCGUUUCAUGGACCCCGUCUCCAGAUGAGAAACGUGAUGAUAGGCUGCACUACAUGGUGACAAAGCGGGAUUCCAGCAAACGAACAUGGCACGCUGUGGCAGAUCACAUCUUCAACAAUAAAUUCACAGCUUGCAAUAUCAUGCCCGGCAGAGAGUAUCAGUUCCGUGUCUACGCAAAGAAUGACAUGGGCUCUUCCAAACCUUCUGAAUCACCCAAGUGGCUGAUCUCCAACAAAAAAGAGAGGUUCACUGUGCACAUGCCGGAAUCCAAGGCCUGUGAUCUCCAGUGCCCCCCAAAGUUCCUUGUACCCCUCAAAAUGCACACGGCUCCUCAGGGAUACGAAUGCUACAUGAGCUGCGCUUUGAAAGGCGAUCCAACGCCUCAUGUUACCUGGCUCCGCAACAACAUCAGUCUCAAUACCAACACUAACUACUACAUCUCCAACACCUGCGGAGUCUGCUCUCUGCUCAUAUUGAGGGUCGGACCUAAAGACACCGGAGAGUACAAGGUUGUUGCAGAAAAUACUAUGGGGAGAGCAGAGUGCUCAACUAAAUUGACAGUUAGGGAGUAAACAAAGGUGAUGGAGGACAUGUUACAUUUCAGGUCCCAUAUGAUCCCUGAAUCCUUGAGAAACAAAUUAUUACUUGAUGUUUACUUACUAUAAAAUAUUAUGGAAAAAAUGACAUUUGAUUACAUGAAAAUUACAUUACAAAUAGGUAUUUUUAAAACAAUGACAAAGUGUAUGCAUGGCUUCCUAGAAAAAUUACAGUACAAUUAAAAAUGCAGGUUCCAAUUCAAUAAUUAAGUCAAUCUUAACUGUGGUUGAAAUAAAGCUUGAGAUGUAAGGAAAUGUCUUCUGAAUUCUGCCGAAACAUUACCCUAAUUGUUUUGGGGUUAGAUGUAAAUAAAGCUU